CCAAAUUUGGCUCUACACAAAGGGGAGAGUUUGAUAAAUGCGCAACAGUGGGCAAGGAAAGGGAUUGCGUCUAUUUCCAACCAAUCGUUGCAACCGCCAUGCUCAUGUCUGACGCCUAAGGGGUUUCCCCUACCAGGACCUUAACCUGGCGCCUUGGACCGCUCGGCCAUCUUACCGGUGAUGGAGAGGUAGUUCCACUCGCGGGCAUAAAGUGCUCAUUGUGGAUGGUCAUGAUCUGGAGGGGUCGAUGUGUCUUCCAAGAGGGUCAAUUGCUGGGGCGAUAUUGCUCACGGGGUCCACUCUCUAGAGAAAAUUAUCAUGAUGUGCCUUGUGAAGAUAUACAGGGCAGAAUAUGGUUAUUCUGGGUUCAGGUCAGGAUAAUGUCGGUUGCCGCCCAUGGUGGAUACGAUGUGCAGAAUAUGAUAAAGCUCGUCCAAUGGAAAUCGAUCACCCAAACACCCUUACAAAAACCUGCGUUCGCUUGGGCUCACUGCGUCCUAAACUUUUCCGGGCUAUUUCAUUCUUUUUAAAUGAUUUGUCUGCUGUGAAUCCUCGCUGCUUAUGCCCCAAUGGACCUGCUCCAGAUUGCUUGACUACUCUUUGGCGUAUACUGAAAUCUGGGGAAAGGCAGUGGGGAAUAUACGAGAAAAUCCACAAGAGAUGAUCCCUUUUUGUCUUAUUUACAUUUGUAAAUGUCUGCUGACCCAGGCCUCUGCUCCAGGUUUCUUCAAGG